CAUUGAUUGAAUCAAAACCAUCAAAACACGGAGGUUGAAAACGUGCAGCGAGCGAUUGUUGAAUCCUCCUCGAUUUUAAUUUUAAUAGUUUUGUAAAAUAUUUCUAUAAACAAGCAUGGGUAAAAAGCGGAAGCACAACGAAGAAGAGCAGGAUCAGACAUUUCGCGAUCUGCCUGCUAAACAUAUGAACACAAGCCAAAUCAAAUCGAACGAACGAAGACUCGUCGUCAUAUUGGAAGGAGCUCAGUUAGAAACGGUGAAGGUAGGUCAAGUUUUUGAGUUGCUAAACUGCGACGAUCAUUUGUCGAUACUGAAAAAAAAUGGGAGAGAUCCUGGAACCUGUCGACCGGAUAUUACCCACCAGUCCCUCCUGAUGCUGAUGGAUUCACCGCUGAAUCGUGCAGGGCUAUUGCAGGUUUUUGUUAAAACAGAGAAAAACGUCCUGAUAGAGAUCAAUCCACAGACAAGAAUUCCGCGGACGUUCCGGCGAUUUGCCGGAUUAAUGGUUCAACUGCUGCAUAAAUUCAGUAUAAAGGCAAACGAUUCGCCGAAAAAGUUGAUGCGUGUUAUCAAGAACCCAAUCAGCAAUCACCUUCCAGUGGGUUGCCGUAAGUUUGCCAUGUCGUUCAGCGCAUCGGAGGUAAAACACCCCCGAGAGUUGGUACCGAAGGUGGAUGAACCGAUAGCCCUGGCGGUGGGAGCCUUUGCACAUGGAGCUCUGAAUUUGGACUAUACUGAGGGGAAUUUUUCCAUUAGCAAUUAUCCGUUAUCUGCAGCGUUGGCAUGCACAAAACUGUGUUCCGCUUUCGAAGAGGUGUGGGGUGUAAUAUAGAGCAAGUGCAUAGAACA